AUGCCGGGUGAAUGGUUCAGGAUCCGUCCUGUGGACAUUCUGCUGCUGAUUCUGCAGUUCCUGCUGCUAUCUUUGAUGGUGGCCUUGGCUGUGCAGUCAGCACCACAGGUUACAGUCACACCUGCCACUCCGCUGUUGGUUCUGGGCUGUCCCCGUGACUGGGUUGGCUACAAGGGGGUCUGCUACUCCUUCGCACGGGAUUACAGCACGUGGGAGCAGGGUCAGGAACGGUGCUCCGAGCUCAAUGCCUCCCUGGCCAUUGCCCAGGAUGAGGAGGCCAUGGAUUUGCUCUUCCGUCUCCGCGGGAACGGCGAUUUCUGGCUCGGGCUGCGCAGACGGGGCGAGCGCCUGCACUGGGGGGACGGCAGCAGCUACAGCUCCCGGAUUCCCGUGUUUGGCAAUUCCCAGUGUGUGUACCUUGCCGACAGGAGAUUGAGGAGUGACAACUGCUCCAAGGAGCGGCCGUAUGUCUGCAACAAGGCCCAAGCUCCCCUGUAA